AUGGCGACAGGUACGUCCAGUACUCUGGAGCUUCCUGUUGCUGUCCAUGGAAACGGCACAAGCCAGCCAGACCUCAUCAACAUCGCGCAGGCGCUAGAGAUCAUCCAUACUCGAACAACGACAAAUGAAGUUAGGAAGCAAGCCUCGGAAUUUCUCGAGUUGCAAAAGCACGAGAAAAAUGCAGCACAGACCGGCUUUUACUUGGCAUCGGAACAGCAGCACUCGCCGCUCCUCCGCCAUUAUGGGCUCUCCCUCUUAGAGCAUGUUUUGAAACAUAGAUUAUCUGAGUUAACGCCGGCUCAGAUAACUCACCUAAGAGAUUUAAUUAUAAGCCUUGCUCAAGAGAUCCAGGCACGGGACCUUUCCUAUAUCCGCAACAAGCUUGUUUUGCUCUGGGUCGAGAUCGCGAAGCGGACUUGGGCUCUUGACUGGUUGAAUAUGGACGAGUCACUAGUUCAGUUGUGGAAUGGCGCUUUGGUGCAUAAAGAGUUUGUUCUCGGUGUUUUGGAAACGAUGUCCGAUGAUACUUUUCACCAUGAGGACACAGCUUCAUCUCUCCGUGGGACAGACCUAAACCGCGCGCUCAUCGAAAUAUGCACACCGUAUACUGUCUUUAAUGAAGCUCACCCUGACCGAGAACAACACGCCGAAUUACGGUGUGGUAGCGAGGGCUGGCUUGUCAGGAUCACGACGUUCCUUAAUGACUGUCUUCAAAAUCUAUAUAAGAUGCCGGAGGCUCGAGUAUGCGCACAGAAAUGCUUAGCGACUUUGCGAUCGAUGAUGCUUUGGAAUUUGCCACUGGCUAUUGUCUCGAGCCAGAGUGUUCAGGCAAUAUGCAUGGCGCUCACUGCAAAUGAUGAUAUUAUCUUGAUGUCUGCUGUUGAGGCGUUGCUUGCACUAUAUGGAAGAACCCAUUUCAAUAUCAUGGAGUUUGAAAACCUACUAAGCAUAGUAUAUGAUACCGAGCGGUUAAUUUUGCUGAGAAAACUCUAUGAAUGGUCUAUCGUGGACGCAAAUAAUGUUUUUGACAUAAAAUAUACUAUAUCCAAAAAACUGUCUGAGUUGAUAUCAUGCCUUGCCUGGUUCCUUGAAGAGAAAAGUAUUAAUUUAUGCAAAAAGGUCGACCUGCAAUACUUUUUUUCUUUUUUGAUCAGCAUUUUAAGACACCAAAGUUUAAUUGUAUCCAUUCCAGUGCUUCAUUCGUGGUCCAGGAUUCUCCUUUGCGAUGAUAUUGGGAAAUCCGGCGCUAUUGCCAACUUUAUUGGCCCUCUUGUAGAAAUAUGCACUCAACGGCUUGUGCGAUACGAAGCCUUUCCAGAAGAUUCAGAGGAGCCCACGAUUCUAUUUUUGAACGAGGAUGUUGAUACUUUACCCGAGAGGCAUGCAUUUGUAGGAAACUACAGAAGGUAUUGUGGGCAGGUCAUAGAGGUUAUUGUGCAAAAUCAGCCCCAUGAUGCUGUCCCUCAUAUUCUUUCCGGUGUUGAUAAUGGCCUUAAUAACCUAUAUAAUGGGAUUGCUCCCUUCAAUCCUUCAACCUUCCACAAACAGACAAUUUCUGUAUUGCGCGCCGACACUCAAUUUACAGUUACAGAGUCUCUGCUUAAAGGAUACAACAAAUGGCUUGAAAGUCACGGCGCUGAUCCACAACGUGAUGAACAACAACGGCAGUCUCUUGAGAAUAAUCUGGAAACAUGGGCACUUAGUUUAUUGCAAAGGCAAUUUGCAGACCCAGCUAUCGUGCAGCGAGUAAUUCGAUUGUCCGUCGAUUUUUCUUCGAAAGCGUUGCGAAAUAAGCCUAGCUACGCACUUAAAGUCCUCGAACAUAUUCUCAUGACAGAUACCGCGGAUAAUCCUGAGCUUCCACUUUAUUCAGAGGCUGUCAGAGAGCUGUACAGUCUUGCUACCUACGAAGUUCGGAGGCUCGCCUCUCGUUACGCAGAUUAUUUUUCUACAUUCUAUGACAUCCUUAGUCAGAAAGUCCAAGAGAUGCAGCAAAGGACUAUCGAAGACCAGCCACAUAUGGAGCUAUCUCCAGUACUUCUGAUAGUUAUGCACCGUGCAAAGGAUAUUGAUCCUGAUAUACGCCAAGAGCGUUUAAAAUCAUUCAUUGAGCCUUUAAAGUUUGCAUGGGGGGAUGAACAGCUUAGGCAAACGAUAUCGACCUUUCAGGGUUUCUGCGAAGCAUUUGGCCUUGAUCAAGUGCACCCAUACCUAAAAGCUCGACAGGCCCAGAAAAUCGAAGAUUGGUCUACUGUUUUGCUUGACGAGGAUGGAAAACGUAUACAAAAGCAGAUGAAUUCGAGAUUUCAGCGUAUUCCCCUCAGAAAUACCAAAACAAUGCUCUCUGUGACCACAGAAAAACUAAAACCUAUGGAUCCUCCCUAUAAACUUACGUGCGAGCUUUGGAAGGAUAUGAUUCCCUUUAUUCUCCCCUCAUUACUGCAAUUAGUCAGCCAUGCUCAUGCAUUUCACAACCCGGACAACUGGGUUGGGCUUCCAGGUGAUAUGCGUCCAAUCGUAGGACGUAUCCUGACAGAUAGGUUCUGGCAAGCGGGUAUUUCAUCCGGUAGCAGAGAAGAAUUUUAUCAAAAAAUUGCUAUUUCUAAGAGCACUCUCGAAGGGUUUUCUUCAUCGGUUCGGGGAAAGGUCAGGCAGGUUCGAGAAGCAUGCUAUUCCAUACUAUUCAGUAUGAGUAGACUUCAAGAGCACUUCUACGGUUUUCAUGAACUCUCUAUUCCUUUAUCCCAGGCGCUAUAUACCGAUUCUACGUCCUUAUCUUCACAUCAAUUCUCAGUACUAUUAAAUAUAUCGAGAUGCCUUAUCGAUGACUGCCCGCCACAGUCUCGAGGGCAUUUCUUACCGCCUAUGAUGUCAAAUUUAUUUACCCAACUUGAUAAAAAGAUUACCGCCGAAUGGGAUAUAAUAGAGCGACGCAGGACAGGGACAGUUGAUGAUGAUCUAACAGAAGAAAUGAAAGACGAAAGUAUAUUGAGACAGCUGACUUAUUCAGCCGUAAUCAUGGUGGCCAGUUUGUUGGAUCCUAAUAAAGAAGAUCCGAAGCCCUCAAGCUCGACAGCUGAAACAAUGCCUCCAGAGGAUGAACCUCAGUCCAUGCGACAUUUCAUUCUUUCAUCUCCCCAGAUCCUCGAGCCAGUAAUCCUUUUCUGCACCCACGCGUUGCGUAUGCACGAUACCCGGAGUUGCAGCAUUAUCACCAGAGUUUUAAGAUCUAUCCUAUCUCAUUUUUUGCCUCCCGUUGACACACCAACAGCUGCCAGUAUUCGCGAGUUCAUCAGCACCGAUGUUCUUAAAGCCUGUAUUACAUCCGUCCAUGAGCCGUACUUUGUUGAUAUGCAGAAAGAUCUCGCUCAGCUUAUUGCAUCCAUAUGGGUGCUUUAUAGCCCAAGAAGCAAUACUCCGAGGUCCAUCAUGUUAAGCUUGCCCGCUAUGACUGAGACUAAGGUCAUCGCUGCAGAGGAAGCAUUAAUGAAAACAUCGUCAACACGAGUGCAAAAAGCCAUAGUAUUGGAUUUUUUGGAGGGCUUGAGGGGCGUGAGCAUUAGUGAGCAGGGGAAAAUUGGCGGAGCACGAGCUAAUCGGAAAAAGGAUCGCAGUACAAUACAAGCCAGAUAUAUGAUGAACACAGAGAUGGAAGGGCAGGAGCUAGGAAAGGUAGAUAUUAACAAUGGUCCGGAUUUGACUGGCGUUGCUGAUAUGUUCUCCUGA